AUGUUUAUUUUCUUAAGAACACCGCCACCUUUUGAUUUUGUUUACUCUAAGGGUAAUAAUAUUUGUGAUCAUUCAUCUCUUCUACCGGAUCGUUUACCACAUUUAAAAAAUGUUAGCAGUAAACUGAUAGACAUUGAUUUUCAUUACAAAAUACUAAAUUUUGCGUGUGAAAACCAUCCAAAGUUUGUGAUUUUUGUGUCGAGUUCCACAGUGAAUUUUAAGAAGAGAGAAGCUAUUAGGACCACAUGGGGUAAAAAUAAGUCUUCGCCCAUAUUAUUUGCACUGGGAAGUGUUGAAAACCAGACAAUACAAAGUAAAAUUAACGAUGAAAAUAAAAAGUACUCUGACAUAAUUCAGGGAAACUUCGUGGACACCUACAAAAAUCUAAGCUACAAACAAGUUAUGAUGCUAAAGUACGUAAAUGACUACUGUUCAAAUUCAAUGUAUUUAGUUAAAAUGGACGAUGAUGUGUUUGUGAAUAUGCCACAGUUAACAAACUUCAUUCACAACGAUCUAAGUCCAAAUUACACCCACAAUUUAAUCUUGGGAGAUGUUUACAUAAAUGCACCUGUUCUUAGAGAACCAUCAAAAUGGAGAGUAACACCAGAAGAAUUUUUACCAAACGUGUAUCCCACUUACUGUCCUGGAUAUCGAAUAAUAUAUUCUAUGGAUAUUGUUCAUUAUCUCUAUAGACAAUCGCAUAAUACAGCUGUUAAAUAUUUUUGGAUUGAUGAUGUUUAUGUUAGCGGGAUUUUAGCUACAAAAUUAAAAGACGUUCAUAAGGACAUAGGGCCUUUAACAGCGACUGAUAAAAUGGUUAAGGAAUAUUUAAAAGCGUGCGAGGAUCAGCAUCCAGAGUUUUUGAUUUUUAUAUCGAGUUCUACAGUGAAUUUUAAGAACAGAGCAGCAAUCAGAAGCACAUGGGGUAAAAAUCAGUCUUCACCCAUAUUAUUUGCACUAGGAAGUGUACAAAACGAAGAAAUACAAAGUAAAAUUAACGCUGAAAAUGAAAAAUAUUCUGACAUAAUUCAAGGAAGUUUCUUGGACACCUACAGAAAUCUAACCUACAAACACGUUAUGAUGCUAAAGUACGUAAAUGACUAUUGUUCAAAUGCGAUAUAUUUAGUAAAAAUUGAUGAUGAUGUUUUUGUGAAUAUGCCACAGUUAACAAACUUCAUCCACAAUGAUCUAAGUCCGAAUCACACCCACCAAAUGGGAGAUGUUUUAAAAGAUUCACCUGUUUUAAGAAAAAAGUCAAAAUGGAGAGUAUCAUCAGAAGAAUUUUUAUCAAACGUGUAUCCUACAUACUGCCCCGGAUGGCGGAUAAUUUACUCCAUGGAUAUUGUGCAGUACCUCUAUAGACAAUCGCAGAAUACAGCUGUGAUUUUUUUUUGGAUUGAUGAUGUUUUUGUUAGUGGGAUUUUGGCUGCUAAAUUAAAAGACGUUCAUAAGAACAUAGGGCCUUUAACGAUGACUCAUACCACGGUAAAACAAUAUUUAAAGGGUUCCAAGAGAUAUAGUUGUUUUGUGUUCAGUUCUUUCAGUUUCGAUGUUAAUCAAAAUGGACCUUUAAUGGAGUUUUUGCGUAAUCAAACUUCCUGUUUUUCUGUUGCAAAUCGAUUAAAUUGGAUCAAUAAAUAA